UAACACUUUCUUGUAGCAGUGUGUCUCUGUGCGUAUGCAAUUCCCAGUUCAUCUACCGUAUUGAUUUCGGUGAUGUCAAUUUACCAUUUUGACCAAAUCUUUGUGUUUAGGUGUGCCUCCGUCGCUUCCCGCAGCUCAUCGGUACCGCUGGAAGCUCCGGCCCUGAACCGUCAUUUCAAAUUCAAGGUUGUCCCACCACUUUAGGACACCCAAGUCAUUCUCUCAAAGUUGGAGGCUAUUUUGGUGCUUUUGAAGGCGCUGUUGCUCUCACUGUACUAACUGCGAUUUCCGUUCAAGAAUGGCUUGCGGAGUUGGCAAUCUCCUUCUCCGUCUGGCUAACCGAUUCUCAUAGCCCGUUCCUUACUCUCUGUUCUUCUCUUGGGCAGUUAAGUUGCUCCCACCCCUCCUCAUCCGUUCUCUUUUUCUCUCUAAAGUUGGAAGAAUUUUCCACCUUCCCCCCGUCAUCUUCAUUCAUUUAUUGCUAGCUCACAUUCAUUUACUCAUUACAUAUUAGCAAAGUUCUGUGCUUCAGCUUCUGUGUGUGAGGGAGAGGGGGAGAAUAUGCCGCUAGUAAGGGUGCAGGUUCGGAAUGAGUACGGCCUGGGGCGGCCCGAGCUGUACAAAAGGACCAGCAGGGAAGAUCCAAAGGCUGUGCUGGAUGGUGUCGUUGUGGCUGGCCUUGUGGGGAUCCUGAGGCAACUGGGUGAUCUUGCUGACUUUGCAGCGGAGGUUUUUCAUGGCCUGCAGGAGCAAGUAGUUACCACAGCUUCUCGGAGCCAUAAAUUGAUGCUUCGUGCUCAAAAUAUUGAAGCUGCUCUUCCUCCACUGGAAAAGGCCAUAUUGACACAAACAAGCCACAUACAUUUUGCUUACACAGCCGGUUGUGAAUGGCACAGUCGUGCAAAACCUGAACAAAAUCAUUUCAUUUACAAUGACUUGCCACAAUUUAUUGUGGAUUCAUAUGAAGAAUGCCGGGAUCCUCCACAACUGCACUUGCUUGAUAAAUUCGAUACUGGUGGCCCAGGAUCUUGUUUAAGAAGAUAUUCAGAUCCAACUUUCUUCAAGAGAGCACCAGCAGAUUCAGAUGAAGCACGCAGCGAGAAAACUGAAAGAUCUAGGAAAACUAGUAGAAGCAAGAAGAAAAGGCCAUCACGAAGAAAUGGAGAAACUCUGCAGGGUGAACAAAUGCAUAGCAAACGUGGCAGGCAAACUUCUUCCUCACAAACAACUGACGUGGUGCUGGAAUCAGAUCUGGAGGAUCAUUCUUAUUCUGUUGAUCCAGGAGCUGAUGUUGGACAGAGGAAAAGUUUAUUGCAAAGAAAUGGAGAAACUCCGCAGGGUGAACAAAUGCAUAGCAGUGACAGCAGGCGAACUUCUUCCUCACAAACAACUGAUGUGGUGCUGGAACCAGAUCUGGAGGAUCAUUCUUUUUCUAUUGAUCCAAGAGCUGAUGUUGGACAAAGGAAAAGUUUAUUGCGAAGAGAUGGACAAACCCUGCAGGAUGAACAGAUGCAUAGCAGUGACAGCAGGCGAACUUCUUCCUCACAAACAACUGAUGUGGUGCUGGAACCAGAUCCGGAGGAUCAUUCCUUUUCUAUUGAUCCAAGAGCUGAUGUUGGACAGAGGAAAAGUUUAUUGCGAAGAAAUGGAGAAACUCCGCAGGGUGAACAAAUGCAUAGCAGUGACAGCAGAAUGCAAUUUGCUUCGAAUGUCAACAGGCGAACUUCUUCCUCACAAACAACUGAUGUGGUGCUGGAACCAGAUCUGGAGGAUCAUUCCUUUUCUAUUGAUCCAAGAGCUGAUGUUGGACAGAGGAAAAGUUUAUUGCGAAGAAAUGGACAAACCCUGCAGGAUGAACAAAUGCAUAGCAAUGACAGCAGAAUGCAAUUUGCUUCGAAUGUCAACAGGCGAACUUCUUCCUCCCAAACAACUGAUGUGGUGCUGGAACCAGAUCUGGAGGAUCAUUCUUUUUCUAUUGAUCCAAGAGCUGAUGUUGGACAAAGGAAAAGUUUAUUGCGAAGAGAUGGACAAACCCUGCAGGAUGAACAGAUGCAUAGCAAUGACAGCAGGCAAACUUCUUCCUCUCAAACAACUGACGUGGUGCUGGAACCAGAUCUGGAGGAUCUUUCUUAUUCUGUUGAUCCAAGAGCUGAUGUUGGACUGAGGAAAAGUUUGUCACGAAGAAAUGGAGAAACUCUGCAGUGUGAACAAAUGCAUAGCAGCGACAGCAGGCGAACUUUUUCCUCUCAGACAACUGAUGUGGUGCUGGAACCAGAUCUGGAGGAUCGUUCUUAUUCUGUUGAUCCAAGAGCUGAUGCUGGAGAGAGGAAAAGUUUGUCACGAAGAAAUGGAGAAACUCUGCAGGGUGAACAAAUGCAUAACAAUGACAGCAGAGUGCAGUUUCCUUCACAUGUUGACGGGCAAGCUUCUUCCUCACAAACAGCUGACAUGGAGCUGGAAUCAGAUCCGGAGGAUCAUUCUUAUUCUGUUGAUUCAAGGGCUGAUGCUGGCUACAUUGAAUGUGGUUUUCAGCGAUGUAAUUCUGUGCAAUUUGAUGAGCAGGAAUGCAAGGAAUCACCCUCUUCUAUGUUGACACAGAAAACUGAUGCUUUUCAGUCUCCAUCUUCUACUAUAGAUUAUAGUUUUUCCCAAGGUUCAUUCGACAAGCAAAUUGCCUCUACUUCUGCUGGUCUUACAUGGGAUGAAAAGGAAGAGAUAGUGGGUUCUGAAAGUCAGUGGUACGAUAGAGAUGAAAUUCCAGAGGUCCUUGAUGAAAUACAGGACCUACAUAUGCAUGAAGAUAAACCUGUUGCCGCAGAAAAUAGUGAUCAAAGUGUUUCCUUAUAUGGAGAGGAAAGAAACCUAAAACCACUCUCCAGCAGGGUCCAAACAGAUGAAACUGAUAGCGAACCUGAUAAUUACUUGGAUGCUCUUAACACCAUCGAAUCGGAAUCUGAAAAUGAUCUUGAUUGCGAAACAAAACAAGAGGCAGAGGAGUUCAUGUCUCAUCUGUCUUCUGAGGUCAUGGAAAAUGAAGUGGGAGCUGUUUCUACUGUGCUAGACCAUGAUUUUUACAAUGUCUUUGCUCAUACUAUGUCCAAUGUUUCAUUGAACAAAGAAAGAGGUUUUGAUUUCCCUGAAACCCUGCAAGAAAUUCCUCCUCACAUAUCAGAGAGACAUUUAAGUAGUUUAAGAGAUCCAGUUCAAUCAGAUUUUCCUGAAAGGACUAAGAUUUUACUUGCUCCUUGUGACUCUGGGAGCCCCAUCCAUGAACCAGUUCCUGACACAUGUGGAAAUGCUGUUUUGGACUGCUCUGCGGGCCCAAAUCCUUUGGAUGCUACCUGUUCUCUUGAUGACCCAGUGUCAACAUCCACUGAAACUGUUCCAUCAAAUGCUCCUGUAAGCCUAGAAAGUAAAAUGACUUUAGUUGAUUCUCAUGUCUCUCCCACCCAUGAACAGGAGCCUGAGCAACCUGCAAAUUAUGUUUUGGACUGCUCCGCAGGCCCCAAUUCCUUAGAUGAUGUUCAUAUUCUCGAUGAUGCAGUGUCAGUGUCCAUUGAGCCUGUUCAAUCAAAUGUUAUCGUUAACAGAGAGAGGACUGAGAGUUUAAGUGAUGCCUCUGAGUAUCCUAUCGGUGAAGAGGUGCCUCAUAUCUGUGGAAAUUCUGUUUUUGACGAUGCUCAUAAUGACUCACUGUCAGCAUCCAGUGAGAAUGUUCAACCAGAUGGUUUUGUUAAUUCAGAAACGAUCAAGAAUUCAGCUGAUUCUCUUGCCCCUCAAGGUACCAUCUAUGAACAGGUAUCUCACGUAUGCAGAAACUCUGUUUUAGAUUGCUCUGUAGGCACCAAUCCCUUGGGGGAUUACCCCACACUUAAUGAUUCUGUAUCAGCAUCCGUUGAAAUUGAUCCAUCAGGUGAUCCUGUUAACUUUGAAAGGACCAUGAAUUUAGCUGACUCUCAUGGUUCUGUGAGUACCAUCCAUGAACAGUUGCCUCACAUUGAGGGAAAUUCUGUUUCGAACCACUUGGGAGGCACCAAUCCCUUGGGAGAUGAUCAUACUCGUCAUGAUAUAGUGUCAGCAUCCAUUGAAACUCAUAUAUCAUCUGGUUCUAAAAAUUCUGAUUUACCAGACAAAGAAGCAGAUAGCGUUGACAGUAAUGUUUACAAAAGUAAAGAGACUCCUUCAGAGCCUGCUAGUGAUCCUUCAAUUGGGUUAUGGACUAAUGGUGGAUUAUUGGGACUUGAGCCAUCAAAACCACCUGAUUUUAUCACGCCGAGUUCUGUAAAUCAUGGGCUCAUGACUUCAACAAAUGAUACAGAUGGUGUUUCGAGUCAUAAUUCAAUGUCAAAGAGCGAUGAAUAUAGAGAGGAAGAAGAUUUGUCAAAGGUUGCUGAACUAAAUCAAAAAAAGGAACCAAGUUCUAGAUGCUUAGUAUCACAGUGUGAUGAUCAAGCUUCUUGUGUCUCUGGAAAGACAUCUAACUGUCAUUGGCAGAGCUGUAGACAUGGUCAAGAUAAUGAAGAUUUUGAUAAAAACAGGAUAUCCACCCCUGGAACCGCUGUCCCAGUUACCCACACAGGUUGUACUGAACCUAUUAAGGGAAGUGGGCUAAAUUCACCUCUGCUGUUUGGGCUUGGUCAUAAAUUACUUAUAAAUAGCUUUUAUCGGAACGUUUCAUUUGAUGAAAAAUCUGGACCUGAUAAUUCUGUGAAAACUGGCUUAUUGGAGCAGAGUGGACAAAAUAGCACUGUACAGCAGUCACUUCCUGAGACAACCUUCAAAGAGAAAGUUAGUUAUGAUUAUCCUAUCUGUUCACCACCUCCUUCUCCUCCACUUGAACAUAUGAAAAUAUCCUUCUGUCCUGUUGAUGGGUUUGAGACCUUCAAACUAAAACUGAAAUUUCCUGAUGCGAGUAAUCAUGGCGAGAGUACAAGGGACACGUUUCCUUCAUUCCGGUUAGUCCCAGAGCAUUCCAUUUUUGUGCAUGAGUCGGGCUUCAAUUCAGAUGAUGACGAUACUUUUUGUAGAUCAACUCCUUUUGUGUCAGAUGAUUGUCUUAGUCCUCACUCUGACUAUAAUUCCGAUCAGUGGGAGUCUGAUGAUACUCCUGAUAUCAGUGGCGAUGGGGUAUAUGAUUCAUCUCACAGAGUAUCAUUAAUUGAAUCGAAGUCAAGUUCCCGAGAAGUCAGAGGAGUGACCAAUGUUGAUAUCAAUUUGGAAAGUGAACAUAUGCUUACUCAGGAUAGUGCAGAACCUUCUUUAUCUGGGCAUUUACUUGAUUUUCCUAGCUUUGAUACGAUGGACCCCGUUCCUGGAAAAGAAUGUAACAAGCAUUCUGAUGGCGAUAAUAAUCUCAAAUUGCAAGGUCAUUCUGAGUCUAUACCACUGGCACCGCCUCUUCCUCCAAAUCAGCGGUCGGACAUGAUGAAUGAAAAACAAAAUUGCAUGUCAAAAGAUUCUGAACAAACUAAUGAUCCAAAUAAUUCAGAAUCUACAUUGCAAGUCAGGCCUACCCUGGUGGAGCAAAAUCCAACUGAUCAUGAGGAUCGUGAGUUUAAUGACAAUAUUCCGUGUAAACUGAGGAACAAGUCCUCCAAUCAAAAGCAUGCAGCAACAGAAAGGCCAAAUGAUAUCACAAGUCCCUUUACAACCGACAAAGUUGCUGCAAUUUUAAAAAAAGCAAAUGCCAUCCGCCAGGUUAUUUCAAGUGAUGACGGUGAGGAUGAUGAUAGCUGGAGUGAGUCUUGAUGUGUUUGAUAGUAACAACAGUUGAUCUGCAAGAAAGAGUCGUCCUUGCCUUCUAACCAGAAGUUUGCGUGAGGCCUUGUACUGAAUGUAAGUAUGUGUGGAUAAAUCUUGUUUAUCUGUAACUAGUUGUAGUGAAGCUGCUAGUUUUAUAUAGUUUUACGCCCAUUUGUAUUGAUUCCUUCAUUAGUUGAUUUUACUUUGGAGGUUUUGAAAUCAGGUUAAGUCAAUGUAUUCUUAGGUUGUUACUGUCCGAGGCAACUAUUUGUACACAGAAUGCAAGAAAAUAUGAUAAUUUUGAGUCAUGAAUCUCAUUUGAAAUCAUUAUUAGCUUUUUCAAUUUUGGGACAGCCA